AUGUCCGUCGACGAAGUUCCCGUCGACGCCUCCAGCGCGAAGAUGACGGCCAGCGAUAUUGGAGAAGUGAGACCGGAUUUGUCUCUGGAAGUUGAGAAUAAUGUCACUUUGACUCUGCAGUCUGAUGCGCUCUUCAUCAAUGAUCCAAAGACCAAAAAGGACGUUCGCUACUGCGGCUUACAAGUAGUCACCUCUACCGCAUCUCAAUCCAUCCCCUUCUACGACAUCCUCUCCGCGCAGAUCUCCGACUCAGCCCUCAUCCUCAAAUACGCGAAACCAGUCGUAAAAGACGACUACGCCCCAAGCACGGUGACAUACGCCCUCGACAUCAGCCAAACAACCCCCGCCAAAGUAGAGGCAUGGGUUGAACAACUCCUCAAAUCCGCAUACGGCCAAGCUCAGCGCAACAGACGAUUACGAGUCCUGAUCAACCCGCAUGGUGGUAAAGGGUACGCCAAGGAUUUAUACAAUGAAUAUGCAGCUCCGAUGUUCGAAGCGGCAGGGUGCAAAGUCGAUUUGGAGAUGACCAAAUAUGCCGGCCAUGCCACCGAUAUUGCCGAGAAGAUGGAUAUUGACGCAUAUGAUGCGAUUCUCUGCUGUUCGGGAGAUGGCCUCCCAUACGAAGUAUUGAACGGAUUCGCAAAACGAUCCAAUGCCGCCGAGGCCCUUGCCAAAGUCGCCGUUGCUAUGAUCCCCUGUGGAUCCGGAAACGCAAUGGCAUGGAACCUCUUCGGAACAAACAGUGUCAGUCUCUCGGCCUUGAGUGUUAUCAAGGGUCUACGCACACAUAUGGAUUUGGUUUCUUUGACCCAAACGGGCACUCGGACAUUGUCGUUUUUGUCUCAGUCCUACGGAAUCGUCGCAGAGUCGGAUUUGGGGACGAAUCAUUUACGGUGGAUGGGCGCUGCGCGCUUCACGUAUGGGUUUCUCACGCGACUAUUGCGCCAAGCGACAUAUCCAUGUGACAUUGCCUUCAAACUUGAGACGGACAGCAAGCAAACAAUGAAGGAACGAUAUCUCGAAUACAAAAAGCAGAAACCGUCCUUACGACCAGUCGGCGGCAGUGAAGAGGUCAUUGGCCAGGGUUUACCGACACUCAAAUACGGCACUGUCGACGACGAAGUACCGAGUGACUGGCACAAGAUUUCCACUGAUACAUUAAGCAAUUUCUACGCCGGAAAUAUGGCCAUUAUGACUGCCGACGCAAAUAUCUUCCCGGCCACCGUGCCCAACGAUGGGUUGAUCGACGUUGUCAUGAUUGACGGCGCUAUCGGUCGUCUGAGAGCAUUAUCCAUGAUGACUGCCGUCGAGAAUGGCGGGUUCUUCGACUACCCCGAAGUCGAAGUUCGAAAGGUUCACGCAUAUCGUCUUACUCCCAGGGGUAGUAACGAUGGCUACAUCAGUGUAGAUGGUGAACGAAUCCCAUGGCAGCCUUUCCAGGUAGAGGUUCAUCCGGGAUUGGGUACGGUGUUGUCCAAGAGCGGUCACUUGUAUGAAGCUCAGGGACCUAUAUGA